AUGAUUCCAAUUACAAAUGCAAGUAAAAUUAAUCCAGUAGCAAAAAAAGCUUACAUUGGUGAAUCGAUUUUAUCAGCAGUGCUCUGGGGAAUCACAAAUUUUAUUUUUAGUCUCCUAGAUGAUACUGACUUCGCUACUUCAUGCUUAUCAUUUCCUGGAUUUAUCACAGUCUGCAUGGGCUAUAAAUUCUUAUAGAUGAGAGAAAAAGGCUAGAUCACGAAAAAAUUAAUAAACGACCAAUUCUUUAGAGCAUACUACAAUGAUACUGGUGAUAAGCUAAACAUGAUUAACAUAUUUCACAUGAUCAUCAGAUCAGUAAUGUUCUUUGCACUAACCUUGCUAGCUAUUCUUGCCGCUGGGUAUGCUUUAAAGGCAUAAAUUAACUUCGGCAUCAUCACAAGCUGUAUCUGUAUUAGUAUUGCCUUAAAUGCGAUUUUCAGCUACAUUUUCUAUCAGGAGUUGCUAACAAAAGUAUAAAUAUUAGGCAUCAGUGUCAUUAUAGUUAGUAUUGUUGGUAUAUCGAUCGCAAAAGGAAGCAAAAAUUAAGAGUAACAAUAAGAAAAUGGCUAUGAUGAUGAUGAAAAACUCUAUUUCAAGAUAGCAGCUAUUUCUCUAGCUUUAAUUUAAGGAAUUUGCAAUUGUUUUAGAGCCAUUCAAGCAAAGUACUUGUUUCGAAAAACAGCUUACUAGCCAGUAGAUUUAUCUGUUGACUCAGGUCUCUUCUUAGGAAUUUCUUUAAUGAUAUGCAGUAUAUAUUACUGGAUAGAAGGCUGUGAUUCUUAUACUUGGUAUAACUUCUUCAUAAAUAUCAUUGGAAGUCAUCUCAUGAUGAUUUUUAGCAUUAUAUCAUUGAAAUGUAUUGUUAAAGGUUUAGCAGGUACUACCAGUGCUAUUAUUUACUCAUUUCCUGUAUACACUUCAAUACUUCAAGCAAUAUUUCUAAAAUAGAUCCCCUCGCUAUAUCAAAUCUUAGCUAGCUUUUUAUCUCUCAUUGGAGUUGGAAUUAUUCUUUUAGGCAGCAAAAAAUGA